AUGGAGGCAAAGGAAGAGAAAGAAAUAUGCAACCAUCCUCCAGAUGUGAUAAGCAAAUUACCCGACGCUUUAAUAUCUCAGAUACUCUCGUAUCUUCCGACAAAGGAAGCUGUUAGGACAAGUGUUCUGUCCGAUAGAUGGAAAAGUCUCUGGCUACUGACUCCUACGUUGGAGUUAGCCUCGAACGAGGUUCAGGAUUACAAUGCCUUUGUAAGUAUUGUGGACAAGUCCCUAGGUUUCUGUAGGGAAGAGAAGUCAUGCUUGCACAAGCUCAAGCUACUUAUCAUUCAGAAAGAUGAGAACGAUCCGCAUUGUCUCACGCGUUGGAUAGAUUUUGUGGCUAAGCGUAAAGUUAAGCAUAUCGAUGUCGAUUGUUUUCUUGUGAGGCGUGAGCUUAUGGAAGUGAUGCCCUUAAGCCUUUAUGUUUGCGAGACGCUUCUUCACUUAAGACUCCAUCGGGUAGUAUUGGGUAGUUUCGAGUCUGUCUCUUUACCUUGUGUCAAGACUAUGUAUUUAGAACAAAAUGUGUAUGCCAAUGAGAAGAGUCUAGAGUCGCUUAUCUCGUCUUGCCCUGUUCUUAAAGAUCUGAUCAUUGUUAGAAUGCUUGGGGAUAACGUCAAGGUUUUACGAGUGCACUCUCAGAGUUUAACCAGUGUUACUAUAGGGUUUGAGCUUGGUCAGAGUCGUAUGUGGUUUUAUCGUUAUAAUAGAGAGAUCUUGGGGCUUUCCGUUGAUGCCCCAAGACUCAAGUAUUUGAAUUUCAAUGAUGAUGUAUCUAGGUCUCAGAUUCUAAGCAAUUUUAGUCCCUCGGUUAGGGUUAACCUCGGUGGCGGUUACAUUCCAUAUUUUACUGAUGGGAAUGACUUAUCCAAGAAGCUAUUGGUCAGCAGUUUUUUCUACGCUAUCUCGAGAGUUACGGAUCUGAUCAUCUCUGAGAAUACUAUGAGGCUAAUCUCUUCUUGCUUCAAAGGAGAAGCAUUGCCUCAGCUUUGCAACCUGUCUUGUUUGGAAGCAAACGUUUGUUUAAUAGACGUGGAGAUCCUGUCAAGGCUUUUCGACAGCUCCCCGAGGCUAAAAUCUUUCGUCUUGAAUCUUACUCAUCCUACGGUUGUUGAUUCGGAUCCAACAUCGUUCUGGUUCGUGCCUCAGUGUUUUUUUUCAUCGCUGGAGUUUGUGGAGAUAAAAUGCUGUUACAAUGGAGAGCGUGUUGCAAUGAGACUAGCAAGCUACUUUGCAGAAAACUCGGUAGCUCUCAAGAAGUUUGUGCUGCGUUGGACUGAUCAUGUGCUUGAAGAAGAUUCCGUCUUAAGGGAUCUCCAUGCAUUGUCGUGGCGAGCUAGAACGUGUGAAGUGGAAGCUUUUGGACCGCCAAAAAGUGGAGAUUCGGACUUGGAUCUUGAUCUUGAUUCUGUUCAAACUGUUUUUAGGAUGUCGUUGUGA